AUGACUCCCUUGAUGGCAAGCCAUCGUCGACGGAGUUCUUCACAAGAGUUCCGAGAGUGUCGUCCAGAUAACAAUACAAGCCAGGCGCGGCCUUCGCCUUCGACUAGGGCUGCUUCAACUAUCCACAAUUCAACUUCUAGCUCUCGUACGGACUCAAGGCGCUCAUCUCCUCUAAAUGACAGGACCAGUACGACGGUGCGCGAAUCGAGAAGCGGGUCACCAGUGACUAGAGACUUUCCGCAGCGCCGCCUGUCUGUAUCUUCUGAUUAUUCCUCAUAUCGCCAAGCUGAAACAAUCUUGUCAAAUGAACACAAAAGUGAAGAAGAGGCAACAGAUAUGCCGCCGACUUCAGUGCAUAUCGCUGCACUGUCAAAUGAUCGUAGUGUCUCCGACUCCAGGCUGGGGCGUCCAGAGAAUAACCCGGAGCCUGCGGAUGCAAUUUCCAGCGCUACUCCUCAAAGUGGACCGAGAGCCGUCUGUACAUCGUAUGGCCAGACUGCAUCGCCCAACAUAUCUGCAGGGCCCAAGCCGUCAUUCAACGCUCGGGGCUCCAUGGUAUCCCUACUUUCUGCCCCGACUCGCCCCCGAGGAAAUUUGAAUCCGAAGGAUUUUGCUCGUUCUACUCGUCGUGGACACGUGUCAAUCUCGCAAGCAGCCCCUCCCACAGGCCCGCGCCAUGGUCACAUCCCGACUGGACCGAGUGUUGACUCUGAUCGGCAGCAUAUCUAUCGGCAAAACAGCUUAUCUGGGACGUCUUAUCCUCGCCAAAGGCCCACCAAUUACCUUGCCGGCCUCAAUACAAUUGUCCCAGGAGGCAGACUUCUGACAUACGACCUAGAUACUGCUGUAGAAAAGAGGCUUGCCCAGUUAGAGAUGGACAAAGAACGGCUAUUUGAACAAAUUGCAGAUAGCCAAAGGCUGAAGCACCUUGUCAUGAGAGACUGGGAGAGGCUAGACAGAGAGAGCUCUAUCUGUGCCUUGAAGAGUGAGUUAGCUGAGGGUCAUUUGCUAUGUAUAACUGAUGGCGAGAGCAUGCAUACAAGUACCACAUUUUAA